UCCUUUAACUACUAUGUAAUAACAUUUAAAUAAAUUUGAUACAAUGUACUUAUUAUGAACUGUACAUGUUUUUACAUUGUACUUAUAUAUGACAUAAAUACCUGCAUGUAAUUACAGCUGUUAUUAAAUUGCUUUAAACCGUUGACCCAUCCCUUCUUCUUCCUGCUAAACCAGUAUAUCACAUGAGAAGGAAGUUUUUUUUUUUUUUCUUCUUCUUUCUGUUUGUAUAUCCUUCUAGCUUGUUGCUUACCUUCUGUGCUCGGAAUAGUGAUGGGAAAUGUGCCAUAAACGUCAGAUUCACUGUGUUGGUAGUUAACAGCCUGAAAGAAAAAGUCUUCGAAGAGCUAAAGAGUUUGUUGUAUGAAAUGAGUCACAGUCAUGUUAGACAUCAUCAAAGGAGCUGGAUCACAGAGGUCACAGAGCUGGAGAAUGUGGACAUGAUGGCAGAGAACACUAAAAUUAAUAUAUCAAAAAAGCACAGACAGAGCAUAGACAAUCCUCUUAACUUCAAUGCGGAGAACACAUCAGUGCAAAGAGAAGACAGUAUCUCAGAUGACUCUGAGGUAUUUUGUACAAGACAUGAAUGUGAGAACAUAAAUGAAAACCAAACACAGGAGACAUGCAGUGCAGGAUGGGAUGAGGGAAAAUCUGGUAUGUUACCUAAAAAGAAGAACUCUGUCAGCUCUACCCAUUCACUUGACUCUGGAUAUGGUUCAGUAAAACACAAAGUUUUCCCCAUCCCUGAAAAUGAUGAAGAGAACAAGCAAACUGAUGUCAACUUCAAAUAAGACCAGCAGCACAGACACAAUCCACUCCUAAAAUUUGAUGGCCACUCCAGGAGUCAGCAUCAAUAUCUAAACUAUGACAUGAAUUGCUUUGUGAUUCAUUUGAGUCAUUCGGACAGAUCACUCACACACACUGAAUCAUGUAGAAUGGUUUCUCAGUCAGUAAACAACAAGGUCCUUAGUGAUCAGAUUUCUUAAAUGAAAAGGGACAUUUUUUUCAGUCAAUAUAAUGUUUGUUAAUGUUAUCAAAGUUGUAAAGGGUUGUCAGUAUAAUGAAUAUGAAGAGCACAAGCUGUAUGUCCUGAAAAUUAUUUAUGUUAUGUGAUAUUCAUCCAGAAGGUCUAACUUAUUCAUGAAAAGGAAUAUGUUGCUAAGUCAAGGCUCAUCAAGGCUUAUUUCUCUUUGAGUUUUGCUCAGUUUUUCUCUAAAGCAGUUAGCUUAGCUGUACUUUUGGAGGGGAACCACCCAUAGACAUUUUGUCACCAGGAUCUGUGAAUUUGUGACACUCUUAGCAUUGUCAAGAAAUUAGUAAUCAUUGCACAUUGCUAGACUGUGCAAUGUAAAUCACACUGCAUGUCACAGACAAACAUUCUACUGUUGUAAAAAUAAAUAAAAAAAUAAAUAAAAGAACCUUUUUUAAUGCUGUGUUAGUAUGAGGCAAAAGAGUGAAUGAAUUUAAAAGUACCUGUUGUAACUUGUCAGUUGUGAUGUAAAUAGGCCUAGGCUAUAUACUGUGUGUUUUUGUCCACUGAAUAAAACUGUUCAAGCAAUUGUC